GACGGUAAAUAAAGCAAAUGCGCAGUCCGAAAUCAAGUUGAAGCGGAACCGUUGUCGUACAAACAAGAAUGCGGUGGGAUUCACUGUGGAACACAGGAAACACCCGUUUAAUUUUUGCAAGGGUUUCCUGACAAAAAAUAUCGUAUUAUCAUUGUUGUAUAUCAAGUCAUAGAUUUAGUUAAGAUAAUAUCAUACUACUGAUCCUGCUCGAGUUUAUUUUAUAAAACGAGUCAACAAAGAUGCUGAUUAAAGUGAAGACACUCACAGGGAAAGAGAUAGAAAUUGACAUAGAGCCCACAGAUAAGGUGGAGCGUAUUAAAGAAAGGGUGGAGGAGAAAGAAGGGAUCCCUCCGCAGCAGCAGAGGUUGAUAUACAGUGGAAAACAGAUGAACGAUGAGAAAACAGCGGCAGACUAUAAAAUCCAGGGAGGCUCUGUUCUCCAUCUGGUACUUGCUCUGCGAGGAGGGCAGGUGCUGUGACAGGUACAGUAUAGGCUCUCCCAGAAGCCUAUACUCCAAGCCUGUGUUGUAGCCAUCACUUGGAAACAUGCCUUAGCUUUCUGCGAUGCCUACACUAAACGGAUACAGCGAAGACAUACAGCCAUGUGUUGCGGAGUCACCUGGCGGCAUCGUAGGCAACACAGAGCCAUUGGUAGAAAGAGAGAGAUCAGGUUCUACCUGUGGCAGCCACUUCCCUACAGCCAAAAAUGUGUUGGCUGCAAACACAACCCCUCUCACUGUAACAUUGUCAUGGCGAGACACUCCACAUGUUAAAGCUUGCCCUGGCAGCAAAGGCAAAGUUACUUUCAGAAUUAAAUAAAGCUUUGGCUAAAGAUUUACAACCCAGAGCUAAUUUUGGUGCUACAGAAAACUGUACUGUACUGUUUCUUUCUGUGGCUCUGCAUGUAAGCAUCUAUCUUUAUUCCACUGAAUAUAUAACAGAGAUAACUGUAGCUUAAUAUGCUGAAACCCAUCCUUGGAUUACAGGUUUUUCCUUCAGAUGGUGACUUUUCUGCUUCAUCCAUGUUUUAUUCUGUUCCCUACAAAAAGCCCAAACUCACUCAGUAUAACUAUCUGAGGCUACAGGGUGUAUUAACAUAGCAAAAGUCAUUCUCUCUUGUAAAGCACCCGUGUAGCUCAGUUAGAUUUGUGAAAAAUGGACAAAAGCAUAGUUAAAGGAAUAUUUUGAGAAAUACAUACAGUAUAAUGACUUUUUGGCUAAACGUUGGAUGAGAAAAUUGAUAUUCUCAUCCAACUCUCAGGCAGAAAGCAAAUAAGAGCAUUUCCCUAAAUGUCCAACUGGAAAACCUCCUGCCACUAAUUCUAAAUCAUGUACCACAGACUUUGCUUUACACCUGCUUCAUAAGUAGACUGUCCAUUCAGUAGGAUAAUGUUUUAUAUAAUUUCAUAUGAAUUUUAUUUGUUAAUUAUUUUUUUUGUGCUGGUGGCACAUUUUACUGUGCUUAGACAAGGAACGUGCCAACUAUGGUCUGACAAUGGCCUCAGUUUACAUGGAUAUUGUUCGGUUUGUUUGUGUGUUCAGAGAAGCAACGUUUAGUUCUGGGAUUGCUGUGUCAGCACCACAUGGCCCCCUCAGUGUGUAUAGAAUCACGUGACAUAUACGACCUAUGCUGUGGAUUAGUUUGUCAGUAGAAUAAACUUAUGUUAAUGCUGAAAA